AUGUCCAUUAGAGCUGCUGCUGGUGCAAGUGCUCGAUUUAACAGUACCAGGUUCGUUCUGGAAAAGGAAAAACACAGAACUCUCAAUCGCGAUCUGAACGACAAGACAUCUUCACCUCAUGAAUAUGCACCUGGCUGGAAUGAAACUCUUGCGAGCGCAUCAGAGGCAGCAGUCAAGGCUGAUAGGUCAGACGGCGGUCCUCAGGAAAUGCAAUCCAGAACGGUUGAACAUUUGAAAGCACGCCGUCGUGAAACAGACGGAGAAAGUUCGACAACGGCGUACUACAGCCGUGAUACGGUAACUGGUCCCCUCUCCGGGGCAACUGGAAAGGAAGAGGUGAUUGUACACUGUGGAAAAGUGGUACUAGACAAGUUAGGGGCUGAUGUUGUCUCAAAAGGUUUAAAGAUGCACGAUUUCAUGACUCCCAGUGAAGAAGAUGUAAAAGCCGACAGGGGAGAGGUCUAA